AUGAAUAUGCUGCGAGGUGUCUCCGUGCUGGCUAUGGUGUGCAUGGUGUCCGCUGCGAAGCUGCCAGGCUACAGUGCUGGAGGCGACUCAGGCUUGGGCGUCGAUCUUAGCGGCGCAGGAGGCCACGGCGGCGGCACAGGAGGGGCUGGAAGCGGUAGCGUUUUCCAGGCCGUUUUCGUUGGCAAAGGAAACCUUCCUGCUAGUGCUUUUGGUGGCGCUGCCGGAGGCAUUGGCGGAGGCGCUGUUGGACAGGAGUAUACUGGGCCAAGCACAGGUCCCGUUGCCCCUGUUGUCCCUGCUGUUACCGUUGAAGAAUACACUGGCCCAGUUGCCGCCGUAUCUCCUGUUGUCACUGUAGAAGAGGAAUACACUGGACCAAGCACUGGUCCUGUUGACCCUGUCGUUGCCGUUGAAGAGGAAUACACUGGGCCAAGUAUCGACGCUGGCCCCGUUGCUGUCGUCUCUCCUGUGGUGACCGUUGACGAGGAAUACAAUGCUCCUGUUGCCCCCGUUCCAACCGUUGAUGAGAUGUACACUGGGCCCAACGAAGUCGUCCACGUGAGCCCCCCUGUUAGCGAAUACAGCUCACCAAACCACUAA